CAAACACGUCUCGCUUUGCAAUGUGUGACAACUGACUGCUAUUUAAUGGGAACCUCCCUCCCUUUGCCGCCUGCUCCGUUGCCUUGGCAACAAAGGGAGCGCGUCUGUGCAAGAAUGGAACGGAAGAUGGAGGAGAACCCCGUGAAAGACGCCGAGACUGGUAACGAAGGUGGAGGCGAGGAGGCCUUGGUGGGCAAUGUCAACAAACUGACAGUGAGCCCACCGGGGUAUUCAGGAUCUCCAAGAAAAGGACAUCUGGUUUUUGACGCUUGCUUCGAGAGUGGGAACCUUGGCCGUGUUGACUAUAUCAGUGAAUUUGAGUUUGACCUCUUUAUCCGGCCCGACACCUGCAAUCCCCGAUUCCGCGUCUGGUUCAACUUCACCGUGGAAAAUGUCCGAGAGACACAGAGGGUCAUUUUCAAUGUGGUCAACUUCUCCAAGACCAAGAGCCUCUACAGAGAUGGCAUGUCUCCUGUUGUGAAGUCCACCAGCAGGCCAAGAUGGCAGAGGCUUCCAGCCAAAAACGUGUACUACUACCGCUGCCCGGACCACCGGCGCAAUUAUGUCAUGUCCUUUGCCUUCUGCUUCGACCGAGAGGACGACGUGUACCAGUUUGCCUACUGCUACCCUUACACCUACUCCAGACUGCAGCACUACCUCGCCAGCCUGGAGCACAGGAACCUUCCUUACCUGCGGAGGGAGCAGCUGGGACUCAGUGUGCAACAACGCCAGCUGGACCUGUUAACCAUCACCAAUUGUGACCAGCUGAGUGGAGGAAGAGAGAAGAAGCUGGUGUUCCUCACAGCUCGCGUUCACCCUGGAGAGUCUCCUGCCUCGUUUGUCUGUCAAGGUUUGAUUGACUUCCUGGUGAGCCAGCACCCUGUAGCUCAGCUCCUCAGAGAUUAUGUGAUCUUUAAAAUCGUCCCCAUGCUGAAUCCCGAUGGAGUGUAUCUGGGCAACUACAGGUCUUCACUGAUGGGCUUUGAUCUCAAUCGCCACUGGCAAGACCCCUCUCCGUGGGCACACCCCACACUUUAUGCUGUCAAGCAACUCAUUGUGCAGAUGAGCCAAGACCCGAGUGUUAGCUUGGAGUUCUACAUCGACGUCCACGCUCACUCCACCAUGCUGAACGGCUUCAUGUACGGCAACGUGUUCGAGGACGAGGAGCGCGUCCAGAGACAGGCCGUCUUCCCCAGACUGCUGUGCCACAAUGCACACGACUUCUCCUUUUCCAACACGUCCUUUAACCGUGACGUGGUGAAGGCCGGCACCGGCAGACGUUUCCUCGGCGGUCUCCUUGACGACACGUCCUACUGCUACACUCUGGAGGUGUCUUUCUACAGCUACAUGACCUCUGGCAGCACGGCUCCCGUGGCCUACACCGAGGAGACAUACAUGAGGCUGGGCAUGAAUGUGGCUCGGACCUUCCUGGAUUACUACAAGCUCAAUAACGUCAUCGCUGACCACAUGCCAAGUCACCUUGAAAGUUCUGAAGUGGCGUCUCAGUCAAACAGCAAAGCAGUAGACAAAGAGGAGAGGAGCCAGCAUGCCAGGCACUAGACUAGAUGGACACAAGCGGCACCAUUGUACCAGGAGGAGCCCUCACUUUUAAUCACUUUCACAAGAUCGUCAUCUGCCUUCCUCCUGACAUACAUGGACUAAAAUGUCACAAUUCACACAAGGUUAUUAUUAUCUGCAAAAUAUGUUCACAUGAUUAGAUGUAAAUGUAUGCUUUUAACAGCUAUUUAAAUGUAUGUAUGUUUUUGAUGUUACGAUAAACACUCUUUACU